CGGUAGAGAGAGGGGAGGCGCGGCCACGUGAACGCCAUGGGUAAUUUACCCUCGUUAACACCGAUGGUUUUCCCUCGCAUCAUCACCAAGAAACGAGACAAAAAUUAAUCACUCCGCUCCCGCUUGAGCAAAGAUAGCAACAAAAAUCCGCCAGGAAAGGGGUGGAGGCGCUGACGAUAAAAAGGCCACCGGAUCGAUCGAACAGUCGGAGCGCCGGAGCAAUCGAGCCGCUUUUGUUUUCCAUUUCUUUCCAUCCAUCCCUGUGUGCGCGUGCGUUCUCGCGGCGGCGGCGACCAUGGCGGGCGGCGGCGAUGUUGACAAGCAGGCGGCGGCGGCGGCGCUGGCCCAGGACCUGCCCAGCUUCAAUAGCUUCUUUGACCAGACGGGGCUGGAGGUGGCGGCGGCGGCGGCGGCGGGGGAAGGGGGACUGGCGGCCGGGGCGGCGGCGGGGGAGGAGGAUUUGGAGGAGCUGGAGUGGCUGUCGAACAAGGACGCGUUCCCUUCGGUGGAGACCAUGGCGGUGGAGGCGGUGGAGGAGGUGCCGGAGCCGGCGCCGGCGGCCCCCUCGGGGCGGCCGGCGGUGGGGCCGAGGACCAAGGGGCGUCGUCGCCGGGUGACGGCGCCUUGGAACCUGGCGCAGCCGCCCACGCUGCCGCCGCCGCUCCCGGCGGCGCGGCGGUGCACGCACUGCGCAUCGGAGGUGACCCCGCAGUGGCGGCAGGGGCCGCUGGGGCCCCGCUCGCUGUGCAACGCGUGCGGCGUGCGGUACAAGACGGGGCGGCUGCUCCCGGAGUACCGGCCGGCCAACAGCCCCACCUUCUCCCCGCUGCUGCACUCCAACUCCCACCGCCGCGUCAUGCAGAUUCGGCUCCGGAGCGAGAGCGAGGGCGAGGGCGAGGGCGCCUCCCCCGCCGUCCGCGCCAACGCCAAGGCCCGCCGCGCCGAGCGCGCGGCGGCGCGCCUCGCCGCCAAGAAAGACGGCGGCGCCCCUGCCCCAGCCCCAGCCCCUGCCCAGGCGGCGCUGCCGUAGGAGCGAGCAUCAUCGAUAGCCAGGCCAUGGAGCUGGUAGAUUAAAUUAGAGAUCAUAUCCGUGAUUAGCGUCGCCGUCGGCUUCUUCAUCCGUGAUUUUCGUGUCGAAUUUCCAUUUUGUCAUGUCAUAGGGACUGCCCUUUAGGAUUAGUUGGGGGUUUAAGAGCAGCCAGCAAUCAAUCUAGCUGCUCUUGACACCCAUGGGUCAGUCAGUCAGUCAGUCAGGCAGUCAGCCUCUUCCGGUCGUCAGUCGUCUUAGUCGAGUUCGUCGAGUCAAGCUAGCGGAACCGAAAAACUUAUUAGCAGAGCAGGCAGACAUCCAUCACCAUCCCGUGCAACUCUGCUGCCGAUACCUUGAUGAUAAACCAUUGCAUAUCUGCGUUGUCUUGAAAUGGAGCACUCGCUUGUCAUGUUCA